CUUAUUGCGAAGAAUGUUUAUUGAGAUUUUUGAAUCAUCGAUCUGAAAUGAUACUAUCUAAAAGGGAUUUUGGGCAAUUUCAAAAACAUAAGUGCAAUAAAUGAAAGUAAGGCCCGGAAUAUGGAACAGUGUGAAGGAGGGUAAGGCACAGGCAUAGGAACGGACAAACACAAAGAACGCUGGAGUGGGAAUACCAUUCUGCAAGAAGGCUGAACUGUAAGAGGAUGAAGAUAAACGUUGCUCUCGCUCUGUUCGCAGUCUUUCUUACUGCGUGUUACGCCGAUGAUGAACCCGUGGGAGAAACAGUCGUGGAAUUUGACGACGAACUCGAUGGAGAACUAGUCGUGACCGAGGCGCCAAUGGUCGUGACCGAGGCGCCAUUGGCCCCCUGCCGAGGCCGGCAGGUGCUUGACUGUAUGAACCCCCUUAUACAGUGGGCACAGGAGAAGGGAAUCAGCCUGUUCACCUCGGGGAGAGACAUGGGGAGGGAGGAACUGCCGACCACCAGGCGUGAUUACGUAGAGGCGUCGUGUGGGUUGUUUGGAGAGAUGAGAGAGUGUUUCUCAGACUUGAAGGAGCGCUGUCUGCCGCAACGCCCCGGAUUCCUCUACGGCAAGCUGCUGGACGGACUGGAGGCGACAUUUGGAGUCAUAUGCGGCCCCAAGAUGGGCGUGUAUUUGAACCACUUGGUGUGUCUGAAAGAAGUGACGAAGACUAACGUAGAGGCGCUGAGGGUGUGUAAGCGACAGGCGGCCGGAUUAGGGGUCAAAAUCGCCAUGAGCCUGUUUGGACUUGUGAGCCGAGAAACUAUUUGCGAAGGGGUCGACAGUUACGCGGACUGCGUUGCCAACGUAUACGAAGAAUGUGGUGAGGAUGUGUCAGAUGUGAUGAAUGAGAUCUCCUCUACCGCAAUGAAGAGACUGCUCCGCCUGGAAUGUUAAAUGUGCCGUGAAGGACUCGACUGAUCUGUCUACAGCACUUUGAAAUCUGAAGACGCUUAACGCGACUUAACAGCACAUGAUGUUGAAUGCUUGAUCAAUAAUGUGUUACUAGAUGUCUCUAUGGGAGGGUAUCAGUGACCAAUGUUUUGCAGAACUGACAGAUAUCAACUUUCACCCAUUAUGCAUUCAGUAAAAUGCACAGAAUCCGUUUUAGAACUAUUUUAAAAGUUUCAAAACAUGAAUGUAAUUAUACUAUGAAAUACAAAAGGUAUAAAACAAAUUAGAGACAAUUGAGGACUGGUUUACAUCGUUUCAUUUCUGGACUUUUUCGCGAAAUUCCACUGAAUACUUUUUUCAGUCAAGAUGAAUGAAUUACACAUAAAUGCAUGAUUUCUUUUUUUUUUAAUCACUUAGCUCAUUUUCUAAGAAAUGAGUAACGAGAUCACAUAAUGAUUUUAAACAUUAUAUUGAAAUAAAUAAUCCAUUGUGUAACUCACCGAUUGACUCAGUAAAGUUUAUUUCACAGCU